UGUGCUAUAGAGUGGAGUACAGAGAGGGACAAGGUGAGACAGAGGGAGAGGCAGACAGGAAGAGAUGCUACACCUGUGCAUGAUCACCUGAGGAGAGGAAGAAUAAAAAAGAACAAAGAGAGGAGUUAAAGAAUUCGUGGGAAUGGCGGCGUACUAUCACAUCUGAGAGAAUCUCCUUUACCCAGCUCAUCUUCAACAAGGUCAGUCCUGCAGUGUCUGUCGGUGCCAUGGCUGACCCCAGCUGGUGGAAGCUGACCUUCUUGCGCAAGAAGAAAUCAGAAUCUAAAGUGCUGUAUGAGAUCCCAGCUGAGUAUGGCAGCAACACUGGGAACAAAGAGCACUCGAGCAAUAAUCCCCCUCCAGACCAUAUGGACAGCCAGUUCAAUGCCAGACUGGAGAAGAUUGUGGAUAAAUCUGCCACCAAGGGUCGCCACGUCAAGGUCUCCCACUCCGGCCGCUUCAAGGAGAAGAAGAAGGUCCGUGCCACGCUGGCCGAGAACCCAAGUCUGUUUGCAGAGCACAACCUCAGUGAUGAGAACCAUAAAAACAAGACUGACAAAUAGCACGCAUGCUCCCAGAAAUACACACCAAAAUGCACAUACUUGAUCGCAAAUGUGUCAUAUGUCAGUGUCACACUUAUGGAGGCUUCGACAAUAGCUGAAAUACAUGCAAACACAAUCAUGUUGCACUACAUGUGCAGCAUGCAAUGUGGAUAAACACUUGUUACCAUGCACCACACCCAGGCAGAUACUGUAACCAAUGGACACACACCUGUACAAACAACUGGUAUCAGCAGCCAGCCAUUAGACAUCCACAGAACAGAGUGGAGGCUGAACCAAGUACAGGAAACAUUUUUUUUUUUUAUAGGUUUUACUCCAAAAAUCUCUCAAUAACUUUCUUGUGCUUGCACUGUUGUUAUAUAUCUUUAUAUAUGAUCACUGACAUGAAGGAAAAGUUAAAAAAAAAAGAAAAAAAGAAAAAAAGACUCUGCCUAACCUCAUGCAUCUUCAUCCUCCUGAUUGAAAAGCAACAUUAUUGUAAUUUAAGUUUUUAUUUUUUAUUAUUAUGGAUAUUUGUUUGGAAUUAAGCCUCCUUUUUUUUGAAAAAAAAAAAACAAACUUUUGUUCAAUCGAUAAACAAGUGAAGACGCUAUGCAACCAAAGUGCAGUAAAUUUUUAUUACAUUUUUAUGACCAAAGCAAAUAGAAACUUGAUCGUAAUGACUGUGUCUGAGAUGUUGUUGAUACACUGCAGAUAAAGUAAAAUUUAAAAAGAUACUGUUUAUAUGAUCUUUUCUGGAAUCUUUAAGGAAAAAUAAUUGUAUUUUGUUUUUAAUAAAUAUAUCAAGAUGUGUUAAUAUGAAA